CUAAGAUUUUAAAUUUCUUGCCUGUUUUGAUAGUAUGAUAUAUAAUAUAAUUUGAUCAUGUUUAGUACGACAUAAUUUAGAUCACAUUUUAUGUAAGAACUACUAUGCUGUAAUUACCUGUGCUAAAAUUAUAAACCCACGUGUUCUAGAUCCCAGGUGCGUUACGAAGAACUUUGCUCCGAUUUUUGAAAAUGCAGAUCAAAAUGACGCAAGAAUUAACAACCGACGCAACAACGCAACAGAUGGUGACCAAAAUGAUACCAAUGAUGAUAGUGAUAAUGGUUAUAAAGAAAGUAAUGGUAAUGAUGAUAAAUGCCCCACAAAUCAAGGUGACGGAAGAAGUAAGAAUACAACUGACGAUGACCUGUCUAAAAAGAGAGAAACAAAUAGUAACAAAUCCAUGCACCUGGAUGAAACAUACAGGCGUCAAAUGAUUAACGUUACCGUGCCAACAUAUUCUAAGAAAGAUGAUGGGAAACGAGAUUAUAGGAAAAUAAAUUAUUGUUUAUACUGCAAACGUUCAUUUACAUCGAAAAUAGCACCACAUUAUAUCAAUAUACAUUACGACGAACCCUUUGUCAAAAAUAUCAUACUUUCUUCACCGGAAUCAGAGGCGCGGAAAACUCUGCUGAUAGAACUUGAAAACAGAGGAAACUUUGAACAUAAUGUAAAAGUAGGUGUUUUUUUACCUUGAGCCAAUUCUUGACGAUUUUCCAGAUAUUCUAAAAAGCUACCGCUAAUAUUUAAAUUUUGUUCUUUUACUUUACAGGUAAUCGAAAAAAGCGAGGGACAAUUGGUUGUCGCAAGAAGACCCAACAUCAAACAGAGAGAAAAAUAUGUUGCAUCAGACUUUUUGCCAUGUGAAUAUUGCUUUGGAUUCUAUUUAAGAGAAAACCCUAUGGCUUCAUAUCAAUAACUGUCGAUUAAAACCAAAGCAAAAACAGCCUUCUAUGAAGAAUUAUUGCCGUGAUGCAAAAAUGAUGCUUUCUCCAUUUCUAAAGAAGCUUAACGAAGAAGACGCUUCGUUGGAAGCAUUUUUUGCCGGGAUGAAAGAAACAACAGCAAAUCCAGGAAUCCCAAUCCUUUGUAAAAAUGAUCAACUUAUACAAGAAUUUGCCAAGUCUAUGAUUCAUCGCUUAGGGGAAGAAAGUGAACAAAGAGUGAAGGACCUAGAUAAUGCAAGAACAAAAGUUAGAACCGUAGGGAGGCUACUGAAAAGGUUGCAUCAGGAUACUGAAGUCCUAAGUCCUCUAUCAGAAUUCAUAAAUGGGAGAAAUUUUUUGAAAGUAGUUGACGCUACUAAAAGUCUAGCGUUAGAAUGCGAUUCUCCACAGUUAGCCCUUACACUUGGCCACUACAUUAAACAUAUAGCGUUGCUAAAAGGAAGUAUUGGAAUUCAGGAGGAAAAUACCCAAAUUGUAAACGAAGCGCGUGAUUUUAAAGAAUUAUUCAGUGCUCAUUGGAAUAAUAGAGUCUCGUCUGUAGCAAAAAGAAGGCAAAAGAUGAGACAUAUCAAUAAGCCAGCUAGAGUUCCAUUGACAUCAGACCUUAUUAAGCUUAAAGAAUGGAUGGAAAAAGAGUUGAAGCUGAUAACAAAUAUUCAGAAUCCAACAAGAAGCGAGUGGGAAAGAACAGCACGAAUGACGAUGGUAAGGAUCGUAAUGUUCAACAAACGGAGAAUUGCAGAAGUUUCUGAAAUGAAAGUGUCAGACUUUCUGCAGGCGGAACAGAAUGACGAAAUGGACAGUGAGAUAUACAACUCUCUGGAUAUGUCGGAGAAGAUUCUCUCAAAACGAAUGAAAGUUAUCGAAGUGCGUGGCAAGUCUACCAGAGGUCUCCGGAAAGUUUGUGUACUUCUAACACCAGACAUGAUUGAUGCAUUGAAAUACCUACAGAGGACUCAGAAUAGUACCAGUCAAUUUUUGUUCUGCAGGCAAAGCGACAACACCCCAAUUGAUGGCUGCACUGCAAUGAGAAUAAUCGCAAAGGAAUGUCCAGGAUUACAGGAACCAAGUAGAAUACGAACAAGAGAAAUGCGAAGGUAUCUGGCGACAACAACACAGAUUCUCGAUAUGUCAGGGGCAGAAUUAAAAAUGGUUGCCGAUCACAUGGGACACAAUGUCAACAUUCACACAGAUGUGUAUCGUCUUCAAAGUUCUAUCAUCGAGAAAACUAAAGUGGCACGUGUGCUUAUGGCGAUGGAAAAUGGGAACAUCAGCAAAUAUCAAGGACAAAAUCUUCAAGACAUUUCACUUGAAGAUAUAGCAGAUCCUAUCUCAUUCGAGGACUGUUGGUCGGAGGGAGCAAAAGAAACAGGCACAGAGGCAGUCCUUUCAACUUCGGAAGGUAUAACGGAUGAAGAGGUGGACAGUGAUCUCGAAGAACACACUUUGGAACAAACAGUUGAAGACCAGGUGGCCGAUAACGAUGACAAUGAAGGAACGAUGUCACUUGUUCGACAUUUGAAAAGAAAAAAUGAAACGCAGACAAAUGCACAAACAGCAAAGAUUAAGCGAAUGAGAUGGACGGAUCAAGAAAAUGAUGUUUUUCGGAAGUAUCUGUCUUCAAAUAUUUCACAGAAAACAAUGCCUUCGGGAGAUAAACUACACAAACUGUCAGAAAAGUUACCUGGUAGAACAGUGGCUCAAAUAAGGACAAAAAUCCACAACAUUUUGUCAGGGAAGUUGAAAAAAUAUUGAAAUGACUUUUGAAAAACCAGAAUUAUAUUAACGAAUUUCACGCGUUGUGUCAAUUUUGGAGGAAUAUGAAAGACAUUUGUUGUUUUAAAAAUUUUGCAACAGGUAUUGACUUUUAUUAUACAGUAAUGUUAAUAAGUCUGAUGAGAGUUUAAGCACAUUGAGCGAAGUGUUAGCUGACGGUAAAAUAUUAAAUAUGACUAAAAUUCAUUCACCUGAAAAUGGAUAUUAUUAACAUGAUUUCAUGACUUUCGUUGAUAUACUUGUGAAAUGUUGACUUUGACAUUGGAGAGAUAACACAGAAUUAAAGUCAGUCAAAAAUUCAUGCCAAAACAGUAAAGAAAACAAUUCCUUAAUGACAUAGUCCAUCUUGACUGCGACUUUCGAGAAUCUUUACAAUAAUUUAAAAGAAUGUUUGCAAAAUUAACUAAGUUAACAAUACUUAUUAGUUUUUGUUAGUAACACAUUUUUCAAUUUAUUACAUUUAUUACACUCAUGUACAUAAUAUUUCAACUUUCUCUGUUAUUUCUGUUAUAUUUUUGUUAAAAUAUUACAUUUUUAUAUUAUAAUAUAUAUACAAAACAUUAACCUGUAUUACGACCAUGCAACAUAAUGGCCAGACAUCACUUGGUGUUGAUUGCCCCCAAUUAAUUGUCGUAAUCUUCCCUCUGGCGUAAACAAAUACACCGGGUCAAAUGAGGUCAUUAAUAUAUAUAUCUAUUGAUUAGACGCUUGCUUUACAAUUUAUCUUUAGCAUUCAAGCGUCAACAUGAUCAGUUUAAACCACUUCUGGCUAAUUAAUCUAAGCAGCUAUGGUGUGAGAAACGAUUAAUUUGUCGGCGUAAUUAGGAUGUAAUAGCCAGGUGAAUAGCAUCUAAAAUUGUUUGUUGUGCAUCACAAUUUAUAGCAAGUAUGGUAAAAAUUGCUAAUUACACCAAAUUAUCAGUUCAUGUGUGCUUUAUUUCGAUAUGUAAUUAAUGUAUAAAUCAUAAUGAGAGUCAUAACUAUAUUAAUACCUCAUAUUUUUUCUUCUAAAGGGGAAACUUGAAACACUAGCCGUAAAUUAAUAUUUUCAUUAUAUUAAUGAUUUAUCAUAUUAUCGUACAUUUAAAAUGUUUUUUGUUUUAAAAAAAUAUGUGUUUCUUUUUACUCGUUUAAUAAUUAAGUACAUUUACUAUGUGCAUAAAACUAUACAAGGUAUACAUUAAGUUAAGUUGGACUUCGUCAGCUGUUAAAGUGACCUAUUCACUAUUAAGACCAGAUCACUAUUAAGACCACUUUGAGUCAGUCCCGUUAGUGGUCUUAAUAGAAAUUACUGUAUAUAUAUUUAUAUAUAAUAAUGGAAUGUCAACCUCUUUUAUUCAUUUUUGCAUGUAUAUUAUUUACAAACCUUUUAUUCUAUUGUAAAAUGAUCUUUUUUUUUUCAAAAAAUGUUGUAAAUAAAAAUGUUUCAAUCUACCUAAAUGUUUGUUUGCUUUUUAAAAGCU